AUUCUCUCAACCUCACCUCCUUCUCGAGUCUUCCACCAACUCACUCUCAUCCAUUUCAUCUUUGUUCAACACUUUCCCCCCUUCAAUCUAAUCUCUACUUUCUCGUGAUCGCAGCUCUACUGGUAAUCAGGUGUUACUCCAUCUCUUCCUCUUGAAGAACUGCGGUGUCAGUUUGGUUACGAGUGUCAUUCGUCCACGCUUUCCCCGAACCCGUCUCGUGUCUUCUCCUGAACCAACUCGUGGUGAAUAUAACCUCGGUUUGUUGUCCCGUGGUGAGGGCUACGAUACUCAUUUUCGAGAUUCUGGAACUUGGUCAUUGAUAUUGGGGGAACAAUUGCUUGUUGACUCGUCGCGGGAUUGGCAAUACUCGCAUGGGUACGGGCGUUUUUGCUUGUUGAAUGUACAAGAUCAGCACAGUUCUUCUUGACCUCUGUGGCGGAAAGAGUCGAACCAUUGUUACCAUUUUCAAUAUCAUUUUCCCUGAUUUCCACUGUCAUCAAUAUUAACUUGCCCUUGCCCUUUCAACUUGGACUUCUAAAUACCUUCAAAUCACGAAUUUCGCCACCGAUUUGCCCUUUUCAACAACAAAUAUCAGCUCACAGCACUGGGCGUAUCCUGCCCGAGGUGUGAUUCUCAUCCGCCCUUCUUCCGACAAACACUGUUACGACCAUGGCGUCUUACGUGUAUUUCAAGUUCAAAUCUCAGAAGGAACCCCAGCGUGUGACUAUCGAUGGCCCUCAUACUGAUGUUUGGAACCUCAAACGUGAAAUCAUCACCAUAUCUCGACUCGGAGAUGGCACCGACUUUGACCUCAAGAUCUACAAGGAAAACAGUGAUGAAGAAUAUACCGACGACACCGAAAUCAUCCCCAAAGACUCAACUGUCCUAGCUCGACGGUUACCCGCAUCAGCGCCUGGAAAAGGUCGUGCUGCUCGAUAUGUUUCUGGCAAACCGCCUGUCAGCGCCCGUCACAAUGCCGCCAUUGCUGGCAAGGCCGUCAAGGCUGUAGAGAUGAACAGUAACAUGACAGAAGCAGAAAAGUUGCAAGCCAUGCUCAACUUUACCGAUGCUCAGUGGCAGCAGAAACAAGAAGAGAUGUCACACGAAACGCGAGUACCACUAUCAGGCAAACCAUUCAAAAAGGCAAAUAUUCCUGAAGGAGAGCCGCCACACGGAUAUAUCUGCUACAGAUGUGGCAAGAAAGGACAUUGGAUCCAAGCGUGUCCAACAAAUGACGAUGCAAACUACGACAACAGAAACCGCAUCAAGAGAACGACAGGAAUUCCACGGUCAAUGCUGAAAAAGGUGGACCAAGCGGACGUCGACAAGCUCGACGAUGCCCAGAGACAGAAUCUCAUGGUGAAUGCCGAAGGAGAUUAUGUCUUUGCACAAGCAGAUGAAAAAGCGUGGAAAAAGCAUUUGGAACAAGUCAAGGCUUCGGAAGCUGCGCAAAAGAAAGUACAAGUUGGCAACAAGGAGCUACAAGAUCGAGGCCUGGAAUGCCCGAUUGACAAGCGCUUGUUUGUAGAUCCAAUGAAGACACCCUGUUGUGGGAAGACAUAUUGUCACGAGUGUAUUGAAAAUGCAUUGCUUGAGAACGAUCUCACAUGCCCUGGCUGUGAGACGGAGAAUAUCAGUCUCGAAGCUUUGCAAGCAGACGAGGAGAUCCAGACCAAGAUUAAGGAAUAUCAGGCCGAAAAGGAAAGGGACAAGGAUGAGAACAAGGACAAGGGACGAUCUAGAAGCGUUUCUGUGGCUGUUGAAUCCCCCAAAGGCGAAAAUGCGGAAGAGACAUCUUCACGCGAUGGAUCGUACUCUCCACCGUCGGCUAGUGGACAAUCUAAAAAGCGCAGUGCAAGUGACGCGGACGAAUCUACCGCCUCGAACAAACUUGGAGCUCCAGCAAUGAAACGACAAAAGUCUGGAGAGGUCGAAUCUUCAUCGACCCCAAAGCCGGAAGACGGCAGUAAAAAGGAGCUGUCGCCUAAGAAAAAGGAUGCAGAGUCGAAGCAAGAAACACCAGCAGAUGAUGAAGAAUCAGUCACUGAGGUGCUACCGGAAAACAUGAUGCCCCCCGAUAUGUCGCAAAUGAUGCAAGGGAUGAAUUUCCCCAUGAUGAAUAACCUCAACCCUUUCGCCGCAAACCCAAUGAUGAAUAUGGGCAUGGGCAUGGGUAUGGGCAUGCCAAUGGGGAUGGGAAUGGGAAUGGGUAUGGGUAUGGGUAUGGGAAUGAAUGGAAUGCCAAACAUGAAUGGCAUGAACGGCAUGACUUUCCCUCCCAACAUGAACAUGAUGAACGGUAUGAAUGGAAUGGACGGGAUGAACAUCAAUAUGAACAACAUGAACAACAUGUUUGGCAAUGGGAACGACCAAGGCUUUGGAAAUCCCAACCAGAACUGGAACCGCAACAACAACUUCCGAGGGAACAACAAUCGAGGAGGCCAUGGCGGCGGCUUCAAUCGACCAUAUCGAAAUUUCCAAAACAACGCGAACAACCAUCAAUCAUUCAAUAACCGUCAACAGCAGCAACAAGGAGGAGGAGGAGGAGGACCUCCCACUCAACCAUCAGGCAUGACCGGCGUACCCACCGGACCCAAAUCUCUACAAAAUAAUAACCCGGCGACAAAACAAAAUUUCUACCCCGGCGGAGGAGCUCCAGAUAAUAAAUUCUCCAAUCAACAUCGUCAUGUCGGCAAUGAAGAGGAUAACGCUUAUAUGAGGCAGCCUGUCAAUCCUAAUCGACAUCAGAAUCGGAAUCGAAAAGCCAGACAGGCGGAUUAUCGAGAAUUGUGAUGAUUGACAGACAGGAAGACAAUCCGCUGGAAUGAACCCCCUGUUCAGUCCUCUUAUUAGGGGUAGGGGGUUUAGCUACCGAGAAAGUCUGACCAUAAUAUCCUUUUGAUCACUAUCAUGGAAUAUGAUUGAAUGCCACGAUGACGAGUAUCCUUCUUACAUGGUUCAACAAGACGGCACUUUGCUUGUUCUUUCAUACAGUACAUUCUGCUUCAGUGCUUUUGGUCGUUUCCUCAAUGAAGUACCAUAGGUAUCAAUCAACCUUGGAGGAUUCAGGAAGCUCUGGAUGGUGAUCACUAUUAGCAAUAGGGAGUACCUACAUAGGUACAUAGGUGCUUUAUGGGUACCUGUACUCAUGCAUGGUAUACAAUAACAAACAAUGAAACUUAAACUGCACAUCUUG